GGAAACCUCAUCGUUGGAUAACAGACGAUGUCCACAUGAAGUCUGCCAAAUGGUUAUUCCAGAGAGUACAGAAAAGAGCUCGGGAAACAACGACGUAUGGAGUUGACGACGUGACGGCAGAGAUGGAAGUGAACCGGAUGGAUUUCUACAUCGGUCUCUCUCUGGCUGUGAGCUCCAGUGUUUUUAUCGGAGGGAGUUUCAUCUUGAAGAAGAAAGGCCUCCUACGACUGGCCAGCAAGGGUUCAAUGCGAGCAGGUCAAGGGGGGUAUGCUUACCUGAAGGAAUGGCUGUGGUGGGCAGGACUGAUUUCAAUGGGAGCUGGAGAGGCGGCUAACUUCGCUGCAUAUGCAUUUGCACCCGCCACACUGGUGACUCCUCCUGGGGGCCUGAGUGUACUCUGCAGUGCUGUGCUCUCUGCUUACUUUUUGAAUGAGAGGCUGAAUGUGCACGGAAAGAUUGGUUGUCUGCUGUGCGUCCUGGGCUCCACAGUGAUGGUAAUUCAUGCCCCACAGGAAGAGGAAGUUGCCUCCCUCAGCGCCAUGGCUGAGAAGCUCAGAGACCCAGGUUUCAUUGUGUUUGCUGUGUGCGUUGUGGGAAGCAGCCUGGUUCUUAUCUUUGCUGUGGCUCCGCGGUUCGGACAGAAGAAUGUGCUGGUCUACAUCCUGAUCUGCUCUGUGAUUGGCUCCCUCUCUGUGUCUUGUGUCAAGGGCCUGGGCAUUGGCAUUAAGGAGUUGUUUGCUGGGACAGCAGUGCUGAAGGAACCCCUGUUCUGGUCCUUAGUCAUCUGCCUGAUGGUCUGCAUCAGCAUUCAAAUCAGUUACCUGAACAAAGCCCUCGACAUCUUUAACACCUCCAUUGUCACACCCAUCUACUACGUCUUUUUCACCACCUCUGUCAUGGCCUGCUCAGCUAUCCUGUUUAAAGAAUGGUUGAGUAUGGCUACUGAUGGAGUAGUGGGAACAAUUAGUGGCUUCCUCAUCAUCAUAUUGGGGAUCUUCCUCCUCCAUGCCUUCAAGGACAUUACAUUUAGCUGGGAUUCCCUCCCUCUCUACCUGAGGAAGGGUCCUCAGGGCUUUCCAUGGAGUCACCAGCCUUAUGUGGCUCUUCCUAGCCACGACUCCCAAGCAAAGGAAGGAGGCUCAAAGGCAGGGUGGGCUAUACACCAGAGUGCUCCUUAAAGAGGACCAAGUUGUCAGUAU